GGCGUUUUCCCUCACCAUCAAGGCGACCCACACAGUGUGCAGUAAACAUCACGUUUACUAUUUUAAAUUUAUUGAACAGUAAGAAAUGCAGAGAAUGACUGAAGACGCUGGCUUCUGUCCGGCGGCAGGGGGAGGACCCCCAGGGCUCGCUGAAGAGAAGGAGACUGUUCCGGAGGAGCUUGGGGUGGAGGAUCAAAGCAACUGUGCUGAAGAGCCCCUUCCGGAUCACGAAGAGGGGGACCCCAGUGUCUACCGCUACGUCCGAGAUGACCUCUUCAUUUUUAAGGUGGAGAUCCAGAACCUUCCCAAGUUCGUGGGGUUCAACGACCUGAAGAAGUUCCUGGAGAAGCACGGGGUGAACCCCCACAAAAUCAAGCUGUUUGGCAGGCAGCCCUUCGCCUUCGUCACCUUCCGCAGCAAGGAGGAGCGGGACAAGGCCAAGUAGUCCGUCCACGGCAUGCUGUGGAAGGGGCGGGCGCUCAGUGUGCGGCUGGCCAAGCCCAAGGCGGACCCCCUCCUGAGGAAGAGGAAGCAGCAGGAGAAGGAGGGGGCCGACAGGGGGCAGCCCCAUGCCAAGCGCUGUGCCCCUGCGGAGGAGCCCCUCAGCAAGCAGAUUGCAGAUGUGGUGACCCCGCUGUGGAACGUGGCUUACGAAGAGCAGCUGAAGAUGAAAGAGCAGGAAGUCGCGGGAGUGCUCCAGAGACUUACAAAGGAAAUUGGCAACAAUAACAAAGCCAUGCUGCCCUGGUUGUUCAUUCAGAAGCAGAAGUACAAUAAUAUGUGCUGCCCGCUGGAGGCUAUCCGCCCCUCCCCUGCACAGACUGAAUACCGUAACAAGUGCGAAUUCCUCAUCGGAAUGGGAGCCAACGGGGAAGACAAAACGGUCGGCUGCCGGCUCGGCAAAUACAAAGGAGGGACGUGCGCCGUGGUGGAGCCUUUCGACACCAUUCACAUUCCUGACGCCACCGAGAGAGUGGUGAAGGCGUUCCAGGACUACAUCAGGUGAGAUGCGCGCACUGCAGCACUGGAAUGUGGAUCUGGAUCUCUCUGCAGUUCACUUGCUGCUGUUCACCUCUGCUUGUGGAACUGCCUGCAUGUCUUUCCUUCUUCCCCUUCAUUGAAAAACUUCUGUAAUCCAAUCCGCAGGUCAGAAAAAAAAGAACUGUAGUGAGUGCCCUUCUCCAGCAAUAUAGAAUACCUUUGUAUAUGGGCCAGCGUUGAAUUGAGAAGUAUUGAGAGAGCACUCCGAGGGCUGCAUUUCCAUGUACAGCAGCAUGGCCUCUAGUGUUGUUUCACUGGAAGAUGGUGCCUGGUCUUACAACAGAGAUGUGUAUCUCUUCUAAAGGGGAAAGGUGGGACUGACUUGCACAUUGUUUUAUAUAGUUAUCCAAAAACUACUGUAAUGUUAAAGGCAUUGUGCUCACAGGUCUGUUCAGUUUGAAAUGGAACUUUUUUUUUUUUUUUUUUUAAAUAUAGAUUGGAAAUAAAACCUGUCAAUUUUAGUUUUUUCAGGUACUGUGUCUCAAAUAUGUAGUCUUCCCCACCACAAUUCAAAGGUUUGUAAGUGGCCUCUACACAACCUGUCAAUGGUACCCUCGGCUUCCUAGACCCUGCAAGCAAUACAUGACGGCUAAUAUUUCAACCUUUUGUAUUUCAUUCUUGGAAAUACCUUUCCUUGUAAUAGUCACCC